AUGGCAGCAGAUGACCAAGCCGACAACGAAGACUUUUACACAACGUUAGGCGUGGACAAAGAUGCGUGUGAUGAGACCAUCCGGAGAGCAUAUCUGAAGAGCGCUCUCAGAUGGCAUCCAGACAAAAAUCUUGAGAAUCAAGAGUUGGCAGAGUCCAUGUUCAAAAAGCUCGCCAGGGCUUACAAAGUGUUGUCUGAUGCUGUGCUGCGCGCGAUCUACGAUGGUUCUGGGAAGCGCGUUUUGGGUAAGGAUUGGUGGCCUGAUGAUGCGACGAGCAGCAGAGAUAUGGCAUACAUGUUUUUUCUCAAUCGCGUACCUGGCCGAUCCCCACGGGAUGGGUUUAGCGAGGCCAAGCUGCGCGAGAUCUUUCCAGAGUUGUUCGGCAGGGAGAGGCACAGGGAAGCAGAAGGCGCUUCGAAGCCGGUGCACUGGAAGGCAGACGAGACGCCGAAACCCCGCCUAUGA